UGAGGUCGUAUUUGGCACUGAUCAAUUGUUCGGGUCGUAUUUGGCACGACUGAAAUAGUUUGGGUGGAAAUUGGCAAUUUUCCCCUAAAAAACAUGCAAAAAGGAAAGAAUUAAAGAAAAAAGGAGAGAGAUCUGCGGAAUAAAUAAAAGAAGUUACAGACAUGGUGGCGUGAGUGUGUUCGUAUCAUUUACAUAUGCGGCGGGCUGAAACUGCAUGACACGGUGGUUUUGGUUUCUUAAUUUGUUAAUAAUGGAGACAUAAUCACAUAAUCAAGAGUUAUAAGGACUUGAUACCAAUCAUAUAACACACAGUCACCUUGAUUAUGGACAUUAUUGUGUUAAUAUAUUCGUAUUAGAAUUUCUUUAAUAAUUGAUUGUAAUAUCAUAAUUUAGUAAAAUCUUAUUCUAUUUUUGAGAAUAUAAACUUUGUAGUACUCCAAGGUUCUUUAUAAUGUUUUACAUCCUUCUUCCUUGUUUCAUUCAAGGGUUCUUGUGUUCAGAGGUUCUCAUUUUAUUCUGGUUGUUGUCUUGUUGACUUGUUGGAGAAGAGUAAAAACUCUGUUAAUGUCAAUUAGAAAGUCAUUAAAAAUAAAAACAGUAGUAAAUUUGUUGUUGGUUCAGUCUUAAGAGAGAGAGAGUUGUUGUCUGCGCGAUGUCACUUUCUGUCGGCAUUGUCUGAGUUCCGACACAAGACUUGUUUUCAUCAUCUUCUCUUCACGUUCGAGUUCUAGAAACUGCGGCGGAGAUAGAUUUGAUGUUUCAAAGCUCCUUUUCUUUUUGAACUCUCCCUUUUUAACAUUUUCACACCAAAUCUUCUGCAGAUUCUUGUGAUAUGUAAUCUCCGAUGAAGUUUAUCGCAUGGUAGUCAAAGUCUGGAGCAUCGCUGAGAAGCUAGUUUGUUUACAAAUGUCAGCCGUUCCUCCUGCAGCAGCCAUUGGAGGCGCUGUUGGAGCUCUUGCAUUGUCUGCUCUCUUAGUUUUUCUCCUAUGGUUUUGCAUCUUUCGUCGCAAAAAUGCAUCAAGAACCUCUGAGUCAGGCUCUUCUGAUCCAUCAACUCAAGAAAGAAGAAGUGUUGCAAUGGACUUGUCAAUGAGAGAAGCAAGAAGUUUUAAAAUGGAGGAACUUGCUCAAGCCACCAAGAGUUUCACCAACAAAAGCCUCAUUGGUACAGGCAAAUUCGGCGAGGUUUACAAAGGUUUGCUUCAAGAUGGUGUUCUUGUGGCCAUCAAGAAACGUCCCGGCUUGCCUACACAAGAGUUUGUUAACGAGGUUCGUUAUCUAUCGUCUAUAAAUCAUCGUAAUCUUGUUACUCUUUUGGGUUAUUGCCAAGAAAACAACACGCAGUUUCUUGUUUACGAGUAUGUUCCUAACGGAAGUGUUUCCAGUCACCUGUACGGAGGUGGUGAUAAAGUAUCUGGAAAUAGACUAGAAUUCAGAAAUAGGCUUGCCAUAUCUAUAGGAGCAGCUAAAGGCUUGGCACAUCUUCACUCGCUGAGUCCUAGGUUGAUACACAAGGACUUCAAAACGGCUAACGUUCUUGUGGAUGAAAAUUUCAUUGCCAGAGUUGCGGAUGCUGGAGUCCGUAACUUCUUGGGAAGAGAUGAUGUUGUUGUUGGUACAUCGUCUCUUGAUGCUGCAGACCAGAUCUUCCUCUCACCAGAGGUUCAAGAGUUCAGAAGAUUUUCAGAGAAGAGUGAUGUAUAUGCUUUUGGGGUGUUCCUCUUGGAGUUAGUAAGUGGGAAAGAAGCAUCAGAGCCAUCCCCUUCAAGCUCAACACAAACUCUAGUAGAAUGGAUGCAAAACAUAAGGGAUUACAAGGAUAUACCCAUGAUGAUAGAUGAGAGACUAGGUGGUACGUACACAGCAGAAGGAGUGGAGGAAGUUAUUACAUUGACACUGAGAUGUCUUAAUGUUUCAAGUGAGAAGAGACCAGCAAUGAGUUAUGUUUUGACAGAAUUGGAGAGAAUAUUGGAUAAGGAAGUGAGCUUAACAACCGUAAUGGGUGAAGGUACUCCAACGGUUACUCUUGGAAGUCAGCUUUUUAAAUCAUCAGACUGAUGAAAAAAUUGGAAUCAUCUUUGCAUUUAUAUUUAUUUAUAUAUAGGAUCUCUGAUUCUCUGAGACAAAAACUAAUCAGAGAUCUUAAGAGGAUGAAGAUUGAUCAGCUGUUUUGUGUUAAGUGUACAAACAACAGCUGAAAUAUUCUUAUUAUUCGUUUGUUUUUUUUUUUCCCUAUUUUACUUCCAUUGGUGGUUACUUUCAGCAGAAUAUUUUUGACAGUGAGUGCAGAAAAUGCAACUUUGUAAAAACAUUAUUUAUUGAUGAUAGAGGAAGCAAAGAGUGGAAUGGUGUGUGAUU